AUGGGUCUUUGCUCGGAUUAUGCACUUGAUGCACAAAUCCAAAAGAUACUUUUUUCAUUGGAUUUAUGGGUGCCGAAAGCAGCUCGAGAAGUACAUAUUGAUAAUGUUGCACAACAACGAUAUGCUGCAGCUUCUUUCACUGGUUUUAAUCGCGCUCGAUCUCCACCAAGAAAUGAUAGUAUCAGUAAUAAUAAUAUUAGUAAUCGAUUACGUCGUACAUUAGCUGUACGAUCAAUGUCGGCAGAAGUUUUUCGUAGUUCGAUUGAUACAGGCAAUAGUGGAUCUUAUUCACGUAUAAUAAGUACGAAUGAUUCACGAGAUUUAAAUAAAACCAAUGCAACAGCAACAAAUAUAUCAUUGAUGAAAAAAUCAAGCAAUGGUCAAAAUUUUGAUGAUAUUUCAAUUACAGGACAAUCACAAAUUAAACUUAUGCCUAUUUUGGAAGGUGGUGAAAAUGAAGAUAAAUUAACUGACCAGUCAACAACACGUAUCAAUGCAAAUAUUCCAACAAUGAUAAAUACAACAACUAUUGAUUGGACACCAAUGGAAAAUGAACCUUCAACAUCAACUACAAGUCGAACAUCUAUUGAUGCACUUUUCGAAUUAAGUGUUCGUGCAGAUUCAGCUCUUAAAACAGCUUUAUGUGAAAAUAGUGCCAUGACAACAAAUGUUAGUAAAACUAAUAAUAACAAUGAUCGUAUUACAUUACGUAAAAGUGUUAGUGUUAUGAAUCAAAAACAGAAAACUGGUAGUGGUCGUUCACUAAUUCGUGCCAAAUCAGAUAUGGUUGCUAGUUCUGAUGCAAGUCGAAAACGUGCUUUAACUCAUAUUGCUCGUGCUUCGGAACGUUAUUUUAGUGAUGAUCCUAAGAUGAUUGCUGAAAUUGAAGAACUUGAACUCGAAUAUCUAUUCAAUUAUAUUCGUCAUUUAAAAACAUUUUCUAAAUAUGCCGAAAUGACAGAAGAUGAAAUUUUACAAGAAGUUGAAAGUGAUCCACAUACAUUACGUCAACGAACAAAAGAAAUUUUAAAAGGAAAAAUGUCUGAUUCAUACGCUAAUUAUCUUGCAAAAUAUCCAAUAAAAAAACAACGUCGUCGAGAACAUCCAACAACACCAAAUAAAUAUCGUAAAUGUUCACGACGUUGUUUUGAUGGACAAUUACGUACCUGGCGUCGUAAUUUACAUCAAUUUGACGAAGAUAAUAAACAAGAAACAAUAGGUACAAUUGAAAUAAAUUUUAUCAAUGAAAAAGAUGAACAAAUAUUAACAGAGUAA